AUGUCAGAGGUCAUAGGAGCCGCUUCGUCCGUUACCGCCGUCAUCAAUAACAUCAUUACUCUCAUCAGCUAUGUUAAGGACGUAUCCAACGCACCUGAAGAAAUGAUCCAGAUCUCGAAGGAGCUAGAGUAUCUGAGGAUCUAUCUGACCGCCAUAAAAGAGCUCAUGUCGCUGUCGCCCGAAAAUGACCCGUGGCUAGAGACAUUGAAGCGGUUGUUCCCACCUCCGGACGAUGCUCGAGACGAUGUCCCGGGCGGUCUUUUCAAAGAGCUUACGGAGUUAUUCAAGGAACUCGAUAAAAAGCUGGUCAUUGAUCCGCCUCAGUGGAAGAAAGUGAAAAAGAGGCUGCUUUGGACGCUUACCAAAACGAGCGUGGAAGAGGAUCUGCAGAAGAUCGAACGUUUCAAGACCUUGGUCAUGAGCGCUGUGCAGCUCGACGACGUCAAGUUAUCUCAUGCAAUUAAAGACAUGGUCGCAGACCUCAAGGGCACGUUCGAUGGUUUCAUACGAAAGACGGAGCAGUUACAGAUGAGAACAGAGGAUGCGGAAAUGGAAAAAUGGCUUACUGCAGGCUAUGUGGAUUACAAGUCUAUUCAAGAGCAAACACUAAAAAAGUGCACUGAAGGCACCGGACAGCGGUUUCUUACUUCCCCAGUCUUUCUGAACUGGAAAGAUGGUCCUUCGGCGACUUGCCUGUGGUGUCCUGGCCAACCUGGUGCCGGAAAGUCGGUUCUAGCCUCCAUCAUUGUUGAAGAUUUAGAAACACUGGUCAGUCCGAGAAAGGCACUUGUUCUGUGCAUUUUUUGUGACUAUGAAGAGCCAGCUACGACCCAAACCAUCGUCUGCAGUCUCUUGAAACAAACAAUCCAAUCUCAGGGGCUUUCUUCCCACUCCAAAUCUGUCUACAUCGAAGAGUGUGUCAAUAAUGGUAGAAGACAGCCGUCGGACCUCACACUUUCAGACACACUUUCAAAACAGCUGAGAUCGUAUAAGGGUCAUGUCUACAUUGUCCUGGAUGCGUUGGAUGAGUUCAAUGACGAUGAUGGAGGGCAAGGACAGCUGAUCGAUACAUUGAGGUCGUUAGGGGAUAAUGUCCGUGUUAGCGACCGAUUUCACAAACAAGAUCAAACAACUCAGCGUGACUCGCACUUCGGUCAGGCGCUGUAUGUUGUCCGCAGGUUUGCGUUAAGGAGGCUAUCGCUUAGUUGA